GUUAUUUGACUUCGGAGUAAAACGUAUUUUUACACCUGCUCUAGACAAAGUUUAAUCGAAUUAUUUCAUGCAUAUUUGUUGAUUUGUCUGAUGCAUAUUAUGUGUCUAUUAUUUCAGAUCUCAUCUUGAUCUCGAAAUUCGAGUCCGUUAAUAUUCGAAAAUGGCCAUGAAUUUUGAUGAAGAAGUUAGCCCUCAUAGUCAUACCGAUGGCAGUCAUGGCACUUGGCUACUAUCUGAAGCAGCGGCGUCUGAAAACGCAGAGCAUAAUGAGGAAGCUGUUGCCUUCCUAGAAAAGAUGUGGCGGCAUCAUAAUCAUAUCACUGACAACAGCUGUGCAGCUGAUGUUGUAGGAUAUACAGCACUCCACCAUGCAGUCAGAGCAAAGGAUCUCUCAGCCAUCAGGAAGCUACUCCAGUAUUCAGAUGAAAGAUUUGUCAACAAAGAGGGGAAUGAUUGUUCCACUGCACUCCGGAUUGUCUGUAAAAAUUUCACAUCUUCAGACGUGCACGAGGAAAUUUUACAAGAAGUAAUUCUGGUGACACUUCUGGAUGCCGGUGCUAAUCCAAACCUGCCUCAGAAAUAUCGGUUCUCUCUGCCUCUAAUGCAUGCUUUGAAGAACCAUUGGUGGCGCGGCGUUGAGCUGCUGCUUGAUGCUGGGGCACAGUUGACAAAAGAUUCUUACGAACGUUGCAAGCCUCCCGACUCCUUCUUUACAAGAGUGAGUGCUGUUUGUUUCAAGUACCAGGCGGCCCUUGUUGUGAUUGAUGAAGAUACAAACACUAUAUUAUUUAUUGCCAACCAAAAAAAAACAUCCGAUUGAAGUUUGUUGAAUAUAGACACUUCAUUGCCAACAAAAAAAAACAUCCGAUUGAAGUUUGUUGAAUAUAGACACUUC